AUGUCUAGCGCUGAUUCCCUCUGCUGCCCCUCUGCAUCUGCUACCUUUUGCUCCACUGUGUUUAGUCGUGUAGAAAAGAUCUUAAAAUCUGAGGAUAAGGUGUCUAGUCCCGAGACUGUUACAGGAUCCCUUAAUGAGAAAGGAGUCUGUCAGUGCUCUAUGAUCAUUCCAGAUACAACUUUUCCAGCAGAUCGGAUAGAGAGCCUGGAAUCAGCCAGCUAUAACAUGAACAUCAAGGUAUCAUUUUUGUGUACUCAGGUACAACAUUUUGAUACCACUUUAACCUUUUGUGUGGAGAAACUAAAGAACCUGACCAGGAAAGUGGAGUUGAUGGAAAUGGGUGGUGUAUCAUACACAGAGCUAGACUUUGAGCUGCUGAAAGAGGAGUUGAAAGAAAUGGAAUCUAUGGUAGCAGAACUGAAAGAGUCUUUCAAUGGGUCUAAUGCCAAGGUCAAUUCUCUGCAUAUGGAGAUCUAUAAUAUUUCUACAAUGGUGAGACAGCUGGAGAAAUAUGACAAGAACAAUGUGUUGGCAGUACGUCGUGAAAUGGCUGAGCUACGGAAAAGACUGAACGACUGCAAGACUAAUAAUAUAGGUGUUUACGCUCCAGUUGGCUAUGGUACCUGUGAUCAUGGCGGUAUACUGAACAUCAGCAAACCAUUUGUAGUUCAGUUGAACUAUAAUGGAUUCAGCAGCAAAAAUGGAGGUUGGGGAAAAGACUCAUUUUUGGGCGCCAAUCAGAAUGUACACUGGGUGGCUCUAUUAGACUACAAUCAAUACUUCAGUAGUAUGCGCUUGUAUUCCAACUAUGAUGAUCUUCUGCUCUACAAGCAUCCUAUAAGUAAGUCAAUCUCUAGCUCAGGUACUGGAGCCGGGAUGAUUCUCUACAAUCACUCCCUGUACUACAACUGUUACUAUUCCAGGGAUAUCUGUAAACUUAGCAUGGAGAAUAACACCAUAGAACGGCAAACCCUUCCACAGGGUGGAUUUUCCUACUCAUCAUCAACAUAUCAAGACAUGGACCUAGACAGUGAUGGAAAUGCUUUGUGGGUCAUUUACUCCACAGAAGAAAAUUCUGGUAACUUUGUUAUCAGUAAACUUAACUCUAAUUCUUUAGAAGUGGAGAAGACCUGGGUUACUUCACAGUACAAGCCUAGUGCAAGCAAUGCCUUUAUGGUGUGUGGUGUCCUCUAUGCUACAAGAGCCAUCAACACAAGGAAAGAGGAAAUCUUCUACAUGUAUGACACCAAGACAGGAAAGGAAGGAAAGCUUAGUAUUUUUAUGGACAAGAUAAUGGAGAAUGUACAAAGUCUGUCAUAUAACCCCAAUGACCACAAGCUUUAUAUGUUCACUGAUGGUUACCAGGUCUACUAUGAUGUCAUCUUUGGACCUGUACCAGAUGAGGAAACCUUUGCCUAA